CCGGCCGGGCCCGGCCCCUCGGGCCGCCCCAGGGCCGCCAUGGCGGGCGGAGCGCGGCGCCUGUUCCGCCGCAUCCUGCAGCUGCACCGCGCUCUGCCGCCCGCCCUGCGCGACCUGGGCGACCGCUACGUGAAGGAGGAGUUCCGGAGGCACAGGGCGGCCGGGCCCGCCGAGGCCCAGCGCUUCCUGCGGGAAUGGGAGAACUAUGCAGCACUGAUCCAGCAACAAAUUGAGGACAAACAAAACUUGAGAGAAAAGGCUGUAUAUGGAAUUCAGCUCACAGAAGAAAAACUUAAUGACUUCCGUGAUGAACAGAUUGGGCAGCUGAAGGAACUGAUGGAUGAGGCUACCAAACCUCAUAAAAAAAUCACCAUUUCUAAAGACUCAGAAUACAAAACCUAAAAGAUUAAAAGAAUUAUUUUGAUGCAUAUUGCAACCAUUUUGAAGCUUUUUCAAGUUGUACUUGAAUGUGGUUUCUGUGAGAUAAUGGACGCUGCUGAUGCUAUAGCUUGUCUGAAGUGGAUGUGUUUGGCUUUCUGUGCAAGAACAAAUGGAAAAAUGAAAUAAUCACACUUUUUUGUUAAUUGCCUUAUUUUUUCUCCUUUUUGUUUUUUCCUUCCUAAUGGAUGUUGAAGACUGAAAGAAUUUGGGGAAAGUAAAUUGAUGUUUUUAAAAUAUGGAGUUGUUAGUUUUGGAGUUGUUUUGUAAUCUUGGCACCUACAGGGCAAAACAUCUUUCUGUUUGCUUACCAUCCUCUUCCUUAAUGGAAAAGAUGCUAUUAGCAUUUAUUUUCUGGUCAAGAUUCAGUAGACAAAGGAAUGGUACUAAAGUGGGUUUGUUUUCAUGGAAAGAAAUGAACAGUAUUAGAAAAGCAUACUGCUGGUGAAAUUGGAAGUUGAUUUUUGUCUUGAGCUUUAUUGUGAAAUGGACUUUAAAAUAAAUGAUGUGGCUCAUUAUUAAAUUAACCUUGAAUCACUCUUA